GACCUGCCCGCCCACUCUUUCCCCAACGCUAGUCGUCACCGCCGCCGCAUUUUUCCACCGCGAAAUUCCCCUUCCAAAACCCCGCGAUGCCUCUGCUGCUGCCGCCGCAGGCGCGGCGGUUGCCGGCGGCGCUGCUCGUGCCGGCGCGGGGGCUCCUGGAGGCGCGCGUGCCGUGGGCGCGGGACCGGGCCCUCGACCACGCCGUGGAGCGGGAGCGCCACCUCGUCCCGUUCCUCCUCGCCAAGGACGCGCUCCUCGCCGCCACGCCGCCGCCGCACGCCGUGCCGCUGCACUCGCUGCCCUCCACCAUCCCGUUCCCGUUCCGCCCGCUCCGCUUCCUGCAGCUCUACCCCUCGGCGUUCGCGCUCUCGCCGCACCCCAUCGAGGUGUCCCCGACGCCCAGGCUCUCCGCGCUGCACGCCGCCGAGGCGCAGGUCGUUGACGCCACCCGACCCGACGCCGCCGACCGCCUGCUGCGGCUGCUCAUGCUCGCCCCCUCCCGCGCGCUCCCGCUCCGCCUCGUCGCGCGGCUCCGCCUCGACCUCGGCCUCGCGCCGGACUUCCAGCGGUCGCUGCUCCCCAACUACCCGGACUACUUCGCGCUCUCCCCCGACGGCACGCUCCUCGAGCUCGUCUGCUACAGGAAGGACCUCGCCGUGUCGGCGAUGCAGUCCUACGCGCAGCGCACCGGCGGGUACAAGGUCGGCGACGCGGUCGCCUUCCCGCUCUCGUUCCCCCGGGGGUUCGAGCUCGACAAGAAGGUGCGCAUGUGGUUGGACGAGUGGCAGAGGCUGCCGUACAUCUCGCCCUACGAGGAUGGGUCGCACCUUGCGCCAAGGAGUGACAUCACAGAGAAGAGGACCGUGGCGGUGCUGCACGAGGUGCUCAGCCUCACGGUGGGGAAGAAGAUGGAGAAGGAGGUGCUGGUCAAGCUUGGGGAGGCGCUGCGGCUGCCGCCAGGGUUCAGGAAGGUGGUGGCUAGGCACCCUGGGAUUUUCUACAUGUCCCACAAGCUGAGGACGCAGACGGUGGUGCUUAGGGAGUCAUACCGGAGGCAUAUGCUUGUGGACAAGCACCCAAUGAUGGGGAUAAGGUAUCAGUACCUUCAUCUGAUGCAUAUGGGGAAGGAGGAGAUUGGAAAAGGCAAAGGCAAGGAUCGUAAGAGUAGUCGUGGUGAGCAACUGAUUGGGGAGGAAUUUGGUGCAGAAGGAGAGGAUGGUGAUAACGAUGAGGACUAUGAUGAUGAGGAGGAUGGAGACGAAUUGGACGAGGAGGACAUGGAAGCAGGUGUUGCUUCUGAGGAUGAGGAGAGUGAUGACGACAUCGACGAAGAUACAGGGAAACAAAUUGCUCACUGAUAUUGGAUCUCGCAACUGUUCUUCAAUAUGAUAUACAAUCAACUUCCGUGUCAGUUCAUGGUGUUAUUAUGGCAAUCCACAUAAAAGUACUCAAUUGGUAGCAUUGACACAUGCAGCAUCCUUCCUCCAAAACACCAUGUGUACUGCUGGGCGCUUCUCAGUCAGCUUAGUUGUAUAUUCUACUGAUAUUCACUGAUUUUAAGUGGCACAUAUCCUAACCUACAGGCAUAAAAAGUAUUCAAAUGUUCUCAUCAUGUUAUCUUUGAAUUAUGAAUAUUUGAUUGGUACAAGUGCUGAUAUUCACAUAAGCACUCUCGUCUUUCUGCAAUCUAUUGCAUCUUGUUCUUGUGGACUUGAUGAUGUCAUAAUUCCAGUGAAUCUUUGCUUUUCUAGUUAGUUUUUCUUUCCAUUGUUUUGAACUCACAAAGUUUCAAUUCAUUUAUUUCCAUUGGCUAAACUGAAAAGAAACCUCUUGAGUCUUGACUAGUUUGUAGCUGAUCUAUUUAAUAUCUGGGUGAAGUGUCUUGGAUAGGUUGGAGUUCUAAUUUUGGAGAAUCAGAAAUAUAUCUGUAGUCACAUUGUAUGAGUUCAGAGUCUGCUAUUUUACCUUGUGAUUCAAUAUCCUCAGUACAGACACUUGCACUUUUUUGCCAGUUUGCCACCAUUUAAUUGUAGCAUUCUAUAUACUGAUU